GAAUUCCUUGGGUCUCUCUCGGUGGAAUUACCGGCGAUUUUGGUGGGUUUCUCUGUUGUGGCGCUUUAAAAAGCUCCCGUCUUGAUGCUUUGGUCAGUUUCUCUCAGUCGCGGUGAUAUCAUUGCCAACAGAAGAUCGCGCAAAAUAAUCCUCUCACUCAGUUUCUGUUUGUUCAAGCAGGUGUGAUUUUCACUGUGAUUGAGGUGUGAUAAAAGUUACCUUUAAUCGUUCAUAAGUGGAAUACUGUUAGUGCUAAAUUAUGAAAUUGAUCGUGUUAUCAGUUCUUCUGCUCCAUUUCGCUGAGUUUAUCAACAGUCAAGGUGAAGAAUGCGUCACGGCGGACAGAACACGCGGAGUUUGUCAGCUAUUGCCAAACUGUCCUUCGCUCAUUCAGCUGUAUGGCGCUAAUCGAGGGAAUCCCCUGAUCAUUAACUAUCUCAUAACAUCACAGAGAAAUUGUGGCAACAGGAAUUUCAAUAGGAAUCCUGUUGUUUGCUGCGGCACCGGAGGAGGAGCACCUGUACAGACCACGACUUCUCGUCCACCUCCCCCUCCUCCACCUACAACACAGAGACCUACUAUCCCAGCUACUCAGAAAAAUCCUGUUACAGAUUCCAGCUGCCGGGAUCCGGCAGGAAACAUUGGAGUCUGCUUAAAUAUUAAAGAGUGCCCUCCAGUGCUAAAUGACUUCCUGGCCAAACAGAAUGACCCUAACUACGUCCGGUACAUUCAACAAUCCAACGCCAAUUGCAACUAUGUCCAGCCAUAUAUCUGCUGUCCUAAAUCCCCGGUUACAGCACCUAUCACUUCUCCUCCUGUUGUCACGCGACCCACUAGUAGUCCUGUAAGUCCCAGUGGACCGAUUCGUCUGUUAACACCAGAGGAAGGAUGUGGAUUCUCCAACAAGACUCACAACCGAGUCGUUGGUGGAGUAGAUGCUGAACUGGGAGGAUGGCCAUGGAUGACACUCUUAGGAUACAAGAACAACUUGGGAGAGAUUGGAUUCAAAUGCGGAGGAUCUAUCAUUACUAAACGACACGUCCUCUCAGCAGCUCAUUGCAUCCGUCCCAGUUUGGAAGUAGCUCGGGUUGGUGAACACAAUCUGGACAUAGAAACAGAGACAAAGCACUACGACAUUCCAGUUGCUAGAUCCAUAUCGCAUCCUGAGUAUGAUCCCAAGGAUGGACAUAGCGAUAUUUCUGUGAUCAUACUGAAGCAGGAUAUCCCCUUCUCGUCUAAAAUCAGUCCUAUUUGUGUUCCCUUCGAGCCUCCUGUUCUCACAAGAAGUUUUGAGGGGUACACUCCUUUUGUAGCUGGAUGGGGAAGGACUCAGGAAGGUGGAAAAUCUGCCUCUAUUCUUCAGGAGCUUCAGCUGCCCAUUCUGAAGAACCAAGAGUGCAUGGAGCGGUACAGAGAUGUCCGGAAGCUCAUCAGUGAUAAACAGUUCGACGAGGGAGUUCUCUGCGCUGGAUACCUUCAAGGAGGAAAGGAUUCCUGCCAAGGUGAUAGCGGUGGUCCUCUGAUGAUUCCCGUUCGUACAGAUAGGACUUUCAUCUACUACCAGAUCGGAGUUGUAUCCUAUGGGAUCGGAUGUGCCAGGGCCAGUACUCCUGGAGUCUACACAAGUGUCCAGACCUAUUCCAAUUGGAUUCAGGAACAAGUCUCAAACAACGUCUAACUUGGAGACUUACCAUUGUUCCCAAUCAUACGCUUUUGUAUUUUUUUACAGUGAGAAAAUUAUUAAAAGAUUUAUUGACUCUAAAA